GAAUAUUAAAAAAAGUAAUGUCACAAUUUAUGGCGAGUUUCUUGUGUUGAUUCUCAAUUUGCUUUUUUAGCAAUGGAAUUUUCGCGCAAAAUUUAGUUUUUAAAUAAAAAAUUACUAAGCCAUACCAUAAUGGAAGAGGAAUUUAUUGAAGAAGAAAUUGAUGGAUCCAUUCAUAGCAUUCAUGUUCGCAAUUUCUUCUGUCACGAGAAUUUGGAAAUAAAUCUAAAUAGAAAUGUUAACUUUAUUGUUGGUCGUAAUGGUAGCGGUAAAAGUGCAAUAUUGACCGCUUUGGUUGUUGGUUUAGGUGGUAGAGCUUCAGCCACUAAUCGAGGAAACAAUCUUCAUUCUUUUAUAAAGAAAGGAGCUAAUUCAGCUACAAUUGAAAUAAAAAUAAAAAACAGCAGUCCUAAAGCCUAUAAGCAUAAUGAGUAUGGAGAUUUUAUUACAAUAAUUAGAAACAUCACUGCAUCAGGAGGAUCAAGUUAUAAAGUUAAAUCUGCAACAGGGGAGGUAAUAUCAACAAAAUUCGAAGAGGUGAAUGCUAUCAUAUUAGCUCAUGAUAUUCAAGUAGACAACCCGAUAUCAGUUCUUAAUCAAGAUGAUGCUAGAAGCUUUCAUGCUUCUGAUGCUAAAAAGAAGUACUCACUAUUCAGAAAAGCAACAAACCUGGAUCAAACAGAAACCAAUUAUGUCCGAGCCCUUGAAAACUGUAACAAAGCUACUGCUAUAUGGAACAGAAAGAAUGAGGCAAGUUUAGUGUUAGAAAAGGAAUACAAGAAAUGGAAAGCUAACCAUGAACAACUUCAGUCUCGUGAUGAAAUUGAGGCCCAGAAAAAAGCUUUACAAAAUGAGUAUUACUGGAGUGAAAUAGCAGAUUUUGAAAGAGAAGUUACAAUGGUACAAAAUCAGUAUGACAAACAAAAAAUUAGAAUUGAACAACUUGUUGAGAAACUUAGUAAAAUGAAUCAGCAUUAUGGUGAUAACACUGAAGCUAUUGAUGAACUAAAAUCGCAACUGGAUGAAAAGACGUUGGAAAAGACAAAUCAAGAGCAAGAGUUGCGAGCUCUAGAGACGGAAGUGCGACGCGAACAGGCCGAGUGGCGAUCACAACAACACGUGGCCAGCAAGCACGCCGACCUGCUGGCUAGGGAGACGCGCAAGGUUGACGACCUGGAGAGAGAGAUCAACAAUAUCGGGUCUGGGCAGUCGACGCAGCACCGUGCGGAGUUGGAGCAGCGCGCAGAAGCUGCUGCGGCGGCGGCGGCUGCGGCGGAGGCGCGGUACGCUACCCUGCAGCACGACUCCACGCAGGCUCGCGCCGCCGCCGCGCACCACGCCGCCGCGCACGACCGCGCCGCCGCCGCCGCCGCCUCGCACCGCGACCGCCUCCGACAACUAAAGCAACAGCUGCGCGAGUUGGAGUCCAGGGGGAACGACUCGUUGGCUGUAUACGGCGCUAACAUGGUGGAGUUGUGCCAGCGAGUGAAGCAAGCCGUCGCCAGGGGAGAGUUCAGUGCUCCGCCGAGGGGGCCUGUCGGUGCAUAUUUGAAGGUGAAAGAAAGGAAAUGGGGCGGUGCAAUCGAACAUAUAAUUGGAGGGUCCGUAUCGUCGUUCUGUGUCAACUCCCCGGAAGACUCGAGAAAACUGUUCGAAAUUAUGGGACAAGUGUACGGCAAAGCGAAUAAGCCGGGCGUGACUUGCAGCAAGUUCCUGCCUCGUCAGCACGACGUGAGACGGAACAAGGUUCGCGCCGGCUCGUACAUAUCCGCGUUGGACUCGCUGGACAUCGGCGAUCCUGUCAUCGCUAACUUCCUCAUAGAUAAUGUCCGCCUGGAAGCUGUGCUGCUUGUGCCGGAACAUGAGGACGCUGUCCGUUUAUCCGACACGGUGGAGAACGUACCAGAGAACUGUUCGCGCGUCGUAACUCUUGACGGCAGCGAGUACCAUCCCGCGCCCAACUACCGCAGUUACGGGGGCGCCGCGCACCACAGCCGCUACCUGCAAGUCAGCACCGCCGAGAGGAAGAGACAAGUGCAAGCCGAAAUACAAGAAGCGGAAGUAAAACUUAAAGCGCUUGAAGCCAAAGCGGAGGAGUUGAACCAGGAAGUGCGCUCCGCUCGCGAGAACGAGCGGGAAACGUCACGAGCGUUGCAAGCGCUAGUCGGCGAGCGACACGAGCGAAACGAAGCCGCUAGAAAUGCUAGCGCUGCGUUGGCCAAUUAUCAUGCGCCGCAUCAUGCUGUGUUGCUGGAAGAAUUAAACGUGUCCAAGGAAAAGCUUCGCACAUUGAACGAACAACUGGAUGCGUUCAAGCAAAAGGAGCGAGAGUUCAAACGCAAAGUAGACGCUCAAGAGGCCGACAUGAGGCAGGUGAAGGGAAAACUGGCGCAACUCACCGCCGCCUGCAGGACACUUAGUGAGGAGAUAGAACAAGAGCAGUUGAAGUUAGAACGUGGCGUCUCAGAGCGGCAAGCUUGCGAACUAAAACUAAGAGAAGACCGAAGCAAAAUAGCUCAAAUACAAUCAUUAUUGGAAGAAAAAACCGCGCACGUCGAUAAACUGACGCAGGAAGCGCUGUUGCUGUGUCCGCGGGUCGUUAACGCUAGAGACCGCGCAAUAGUGACGAACGAACUGAAGAAGACCCAGCUGAAAUUGAGCUCGAUGCGAGUGGAGGGGCUUAGUAAGGCGCAGGUGGCUGAGAAACUGCUCAGCGUCGAGAAACACUACCGACGCACCAAGCUCACGCUCGAACGGCUCAAACGGCUGAUAGACGAGAUCAAGAGUACGACAGACAAACAUCUCAACUUCUGCCAUAGAGUACAAACUUAUAUAGCCCGAAGAGUUCAAUACUGUUUUCAGUCUAUAUUGACACUGCGUGGUUAUUCGGGUCGUAUGGAGAUAGACAACGCUCGCGGUUCACUAGAAAUAGUUUGUACGGGACGGGAGAGCGGUAACAAACGGCACGCGGCCACAACCUCCUCGCUGUCAGGAGGGGAGAGAUCCUAUUCCACCGUAGCCUUCAUUAUGGCGCUGUGGGAGUGCGUGGAGCUGCCCUUCUACUUCAUGGACGAGUUCGAUGUGUUCAUGGACAACGUAAACCGCAAGAUAGUGAUGGAGUUGUUGAUCGACCACGCACUCAAGAACACGAGCCGGCAGUUCGUGUUUCUCACGCCGCAGGAUGCGUCAGCCGUCACUGCCGGCCCGCAGAUCAGCAUACACUUAAUGGCUGAUCCUCGCCCUUAGCGUGCAAGUUAUAUUUUUUUUUAUUGUUCAUGUGUUUGUUAUUAUGUCACAAACCAAAGACAGCAUAAAUUACUUUUUACGCUGUUUCUACAUUCCGCACAUUGUGGCAAUUGAAAUAUCAAAGAAAGAAUUAUCUUUUAAAAUUGUUUAUAUUUUUAAUAAAACCAGAAAUACAAUCAACACCGUAUUUUAUUUAAUACUAUAAUCCUUGAAACAUUCAUACAUCGGAAAUACGCACAUCAAUGUGAUCUAUGCAUAUUUAUUGCACAAGGGACAAAGAUUACUCCGAACAGAUUUGUUUAUGGCUUUCGGUUGAACUGUCUAUGAGAUCACACACACUUUAGCAAUGGAAAUACAAUUAAAAAUAUCAACUAAAUUAGGUUUUAUAUUAGUUUUGAAUUAUUUGAUAUACAAUUACUUAAAUCUAAAAGUGCACUAAGCUUAUCUUAAAUGAAUAUAGUUACAUUUUAAUUCAGUAUAACAAGUCUUAAGUCUUAUUUAUAAGGCGAAGUGCCUUAAGAUAUAAGCGUAAUCGUUGGCCUUAAUUCUACGAUCAAUUCUCUAUGCCUACUGCGUCUGGCUUACUAGCAACUACAAACUGUUCAUCAGAGCUUAUUAUUCCCAAAAGACGUUUUGAGAAUAAAUAACAUCAAUAUCUAUAAAGUAUUUUAUUAAUGUAAUUUUGUUGAUCGUAGUCGAUUUACAAUCUGCAAUUCUGACAAUCUAAAGCAAUAGAAGAACAAAGUAACAAGAAAAAGUUAACAGUGAUGCGUGAGUUUGUUAAUAAUGUAUAAAAUUUGGUAUUGAUCUGUUUUCUUUAUUCCUUACCACUACAGGUUGUGGUGUACAUGUUGGAUUUUUCAAAAGAUUCAGCAUUCCAGAUAUCUUAAAGUAGCGAAUAUUUAUUCUUUGUUGCAUAAAAGUUGCAUUUAAAAUAUGACAAAGGUUCCAAUUCAAAUUAUAAUGAAUUUUAUUUCUUUCAUAUGAAUUUCAACUUGUUUUUUUUUACAUAAUACUACUGUGCCGUGAAAAGCAAGCAGUUUUUAUCAUCAUGAGCACUUGGGACAGAUAGAUUAUUAGAUGUGCCUAGGGUCACAGAUCUCUGUCAUAUUAAAGUGUUUAUGUCUAAUUUUAUAACAUCAACACCUUCAAAUUUUAUAGGCUUAUGUCUUUGGUUAAAAGGACAAUCGGCAAAAAAUUUAUUCCACUUUUGUAAUACCAAGAAAAAUAAAUUUAAUUCGACAAAAAAUAAAUCAGUCUCAUGAACAAUGUGUUCAUUUAUCAUCAUCAUGCUAUAAAUUAAGAUAACGUUAAUUUUUAUUUACAUUACAGAAUACUAAGAAAAUUGAAACUAAAUUACUAUGGUGUACUUUUCUACUACAAUAUGAGUUUAGUGUACAACUUUCGAUAUUCCACAUGGAUUUUGGCUAUUAAUUGAUUUCAAAAUAAGGUUUAUCCCAUAAGGAUUCAGCUAAAAUAAUUUAUAGAUCUUUUAACACUUACGUUUACACCUUAAUAGUUCGAAAAAAAUAAUAGUAUAAUGAGAAUACCAGUAGAAGCUUAUCUGUAACAAGGUGAAAUUUCAAAAGUACAACAUUAUAAAAGAAUAAAUAAUAUGCUUAUUAGAUUUACAACAAUGAAAUAUACAAUUUGAAUAUGUUAUCCAGUUUAUAAGUUAUUUUUAAAAAAAUCUCACCCUGCAAUAACUCAAAUUAGUUUACUUAAGCUAAAAUGAUGAACAGAUACUUUAAACUCUUAUUUUUUGAAACUUAAAUGAUUAAGGUAUUUGCAAAUAUAAAAGAUGAUUAAGUGAUUGGAUUGCAAUGCAUUCACUUUUAUAUACAAAAAUAUAUAUGACGAAAAACAAUAUAUAAAGAUUUUAAUGAACAUGCAAUAUCUAUUUUGAAUCUGUAAGGGACUACAGUACAGUAUUGGUUACGUUUUCUAGUUUACUUCGUUAGUAACAAUAUUUUUUAACAAAAAUUGUACAAACUUAAGUUUGGAAUGUUUACUCAAUAAGAGAAAUAUUGUUGUUUUGGUCGAACAGAUUCAUAAGAAACUUUUAGAAAAGAAAUGUAUUCCUAAAAAAUUACUAGGAACAAUGUGUAUUAGGAUUUUACAUAACUGUAAAUAACAACCAUGGGUAUUCAAUUCAGUCUUGAAAACUGCUAUAUUGUUGAAAAAAAAGUAAGGCUCCCCUUCCUUUGUAAAUUCACAAUUUGUCUAUUGAUAAUAAUUUGUAGUGGUAUGAUUUCUAAAACAUGUCAUAGUGGUUGAAUAUUUUAAUCAUCCUGUUUUUGUAACUACCUAUAUGUAUUUGACAAUUUAUAAGUCAAAAAGUUAAAAUCAUAGCGUCAAUCAAGUAAAAUCAAAUAUGAUUUUAGAAAUCCUCUCCAGUUGCUGCUUUUCAAUCAUAUUAAUGAAUUAGUCACAUGCAACAUGCACAGCUGUUAGCCCGAAUUCAGUGUAUUAAAAGCUGCUAGUUAUUAUACAAUCAGUCCUAAUCAGUAUGUUAGAAACACACCUCGUUAGCAUAGUAACGCAGGAGGAGAGAAGUAAAUAGCUAAAUUGUUAUAUGAACAUGUUCUUCAAAAAUCAUAACUUCCAAACUAUAAACAAAGUAGAUCUACAGAAGUAACAGAGCCUUACUUUUAGCAACAUUUAAACAAUUUCAUUGAGUGCAUAAUCAAUAAAAUUAUGCAAUGAGACAAACGCGGAUCAAGCCAAAGCAAUAUCCAAUUUUCCUUAUAACCCGCAACGGUGUUGACUAGUUUCGGUAUUUAUAUAGUAACGCAAAAAUCUAAACCAACUUCGACCAAAAUUAGGGAAAUAUCGCUUAGAAAGUCUCGGCCCGGAAAAACAUUCGAGAGCAAUAAAUUCGAGUCAGUUUUCCUGAUUAGCACAAAAACAGCUAAACAAUUUAAAGUACUAAAAAUUUCACAAAUUUAAAUACUUUAAUUGAUAAUACGGGCGGACUUUUCAUACUAGAAAAAUAAAUUUUAUCCACGGAUUGUAGUAUCAGCCUUUAAUUUAUCAAUUUCAUUGCAUUGUCUUAACUGAAUCUAUGCCGGAAAAAAGAGAAACCUAGGCGAGUCCAUUUCCUUGAUCUCAAAUGUAAAUCUGAACACUAUCACGGGAUAUUAUUCAAGUUUUCGAGUGAGGCAACAAGGGGUAUGAGAGUAUGUACUUAAUGAAAGGUAUAGUGCGAGAAACUUAAUGGCGGCUGUGAAGUAAGCGCAAUUGGUGCAUAGAGGUAUAAGAAUAGCGUGGGGAAGGCGGCUCUUAAAGUGUCCGUCUAGUAGAAAAAGAAAGAAGAUAAGAGACCGCUAGCUAUCUCUCUUGUGACGCAUGGCAUCCAAUGGCAUCACAUCAAAAUAGUAAGAUGCUUACGGUUGCCAAUGCGCAUGAGCGAUUAGAGAGAAAAGCUAGUGGUCUCUCAUCUUCUUUCUCUUUCUAUUGGAGGGACACUUCCACUUGUAGUAGUCUAUAUCUCCCCUACGCUAUUCUUAUACUUCUAUGAAUAGGCAGCGCAGUAUAUGAAAUAUACAUGAGCGUAUUGACAUAAACAAUGGACUGAGCAACACUCGCAUAAAAUUGGCAAAUCUUUAAGGGCUGAAACUGCGGUAAGCAGACGUCCGCGCAGAUGGUUUCAAACAAAAAUUGGCCCCAGACGGAGAAAUUUUGUACGAUACUGCGUGUACGUCCGCUUAACGCAGUUACAGCCCUAAAAAGAUAAUAAACAGCUAUAACCUAUACAAAUUAUGGACUGCCCGAAUGCUUCGUCUCUCACACUUACUUGUGUUUUAUUUUAAAGCGACCAGAGAACAUUCAAACCAUUCAAAUGUUUGUAUGAAUACGAUCAUUUGUAUCCAAGGCCUAUGGCUGUUUAUAAUAAUUAUAUUUCUAUCAAAAUAGUACUUUUUCAUCUUUGUUGCAUUAUAUAAUAUGUAUUUCUAUCCACUAGAAUCCCAUAACACAAGCUUUAUAGUGAUCACUUUGGUGCUAUGUUAAUUCAUGUGUUAAGAUUCUUUUAUUUAUUUAUUCCGUAUGUCUGUUGAUGCUCGCAAGGUUUCGGUGAAACAUGCGCAUUGUUGCACUCAUUGCUAACUCGAAAACAUCCCUAAAUUUUGAAUCGGACUUUUAAAUUUUGGCGCUCAGUUCAUUCUCUAUUUCGCAAGGAUUCACUUAUAGUCCAAGGCCCGUAUUACAGAAUGAUAACUAAGUGUUGAUCUUUACUUGAGUACAGUUAGAAAGGGAUUUCGCUAUAUAUAGCGACAUCCCUUUCUAACUAUGCUCAAGACUAGAUCAAUCACUGAGAAUAUUUCUAUAAUACAGGCCUAAGAGCCGGUGGGAGAUCGACCUUCACCGAUCUGAUAACUCGAUGAGACAUAUUUCAUAUCAAAUUCUAAGGCCCGUAUUACAGAUUGAUAACUAAGUGUUGAUCUUUACUUGAGUACAGUUAGAAAGGGAUGUCGCUAUGUGCUAUAUAUAGCGACAUCCCUUUCUAACUAUGCUCAAGACUAGAUCAAUCACUGAGUAUCUUUCUAUAAUAUGGGCCUAAAACUUUAUAGCUUGGCAAUAAUAAUUUGUGAACGAUUUUUUGCAGGCAAGCCUAUAUGAUUGGUUUUGUAAUUAAAAUAUCUCACUAUUGAUAUAAAUUUCGAUUGGUUAACAGAUCGGUGUAGUUACCUAUAUUGAUUAACCUGUUCACAUCCGCUUGCUACGUAACCAUGUACAGAAAUAAGUAGGCGAGCCUACCUUGGCAUGUUCUGUGUGUUAAAAAGUAUCAGUUGAGAUACUACGAGAACUAUCAUUCGGUUAUCAUAAGAGUGAAGGUGAUGAAAGAAAAUUGAUAAAAAUUAAUUAAAUUAAAAAUAGCUAUGAACACUUUUCGAUAGGUAAGUAAUCAGAGGCAUAUUUUUUUAUAAAUUUUAAUUGAUAAAAAAUAUGUCUCAUCGAGUUAUCAGAUCGAUGAAGGUCGAUCUUAUACGGUCUACCCUACUAUUAUUAAAACCUCAUUGCUGACUUCACAACUUCCAAAAAGUUCGUAUCGCACUCUAUAUUGGCUACUCUUGCGCUUCGUAUACUGUGUGGGUGUGCCUGGUGGAAGGUGUCUUCGUGGGUGUGGUUUUAGGGCUCUUGUGUCCGGACUGCGGCGGCGUCGGGGGGAAAACGUGCGAAGUACUAGCGGUCUCACUCUG